GUCAGUCCCGGUUUAGCAAUGGCUGCGUUCUACAUCUGCUGUCUCCAGGAUCUCCCUAAGAUUAACGAUGUGCAUCGUGUUUGCAAAAAAUCAACCACAGCUCCAUCCAGCAAGCUGGGGGAAAGGCUUUAAAUUAUACGCAGCCUCAUAUAUACACGGUUAUGAAGGUUGGACUCCGGGAUGCUUCACCUGUGGUGCUCACACAAAGCAAGUGUUCAUGUGUGGCAGGCACUGCUUUGUGCAAUCACACGGUUGCCUAACUCUUUCAAAGUGCUCAUUUUUCCCAGCUUAAUUUAUCUGUUGUACCCCCUGUGCUUAGCUGCACUGAAAGAGAACAAUCCUGGCAUAAACCACGAACAAUGGGUGUAAAACCAGGCCCCAUCAAUGCCAUGGUCAUCACAAAACCAGUAGCAAAUCGUACUACACAAGGUGGAGUGAGAAGUGGACUCUAUAGAGGGAUGGUGGGCCUUUUACCAGAUCCAUGCAUGUUUAGAGUUGAGGAGGCAUACGCAGAAUUCAACCUUGAGGACAAGCCACUUGUUACCACCAUGAACAUGUCACCUGACAAGCCACUUAUAGAAAGUGCAUUCGGGUUGGUCCAGGAAGGAAGCGUGUUGUCCUACCAGCAGCCUGUCUUAACAUCACGGUACAUCACACUACAUGAUGCCCCAUCAACUCCACCUUUGCCUCUUGAAGGACAUCAUCUUGCUCCAUCUAAAUGCAUGUUUGUUUGCACUGGGGAGGAGCUCUUACACCUUCAAAGUCUAAACACACCAUUAGAUAUGGCUAAGAAAAUUGAAGAGGCAACACGCGAGCAAAGCUCUUGUCCUGACUGGCAUCAGCUUCGCAGAUCAAGAGUAACAGCUUCCAGGUUUCGGGAAAUAAGUCAUGUCAGAGGCCUGGGCUCUGCAGAGUCCCUCGCAGAGCGAAUUGUAAGGACAAAAGAACCUGAGAUACUUUGAUCUCCUGAGAAACAGACAAUACAAACAUACAUGAGCAUCUUCGAGACACCCCACAGAGUGGAGGAGCAGGAGACCUCCUCCCCUUCUAGCCAUUUGUUUCA